AACUUAAAUAACCCAUCUUCCCUCAUAAACCCCAAUUCAGUUCUUCCUCAAUUUCUCUGUAAAGCCCCCAGCGAGGAAGAAGAAGAAGACUCACCUUCAUCACCAUGGUGCUCUCCAAGACAGCCUCCGAGUCCGACGUCUCCGUCCACUCGACCUUCGCCUCGCGCUAUGUCCGGACCUCCCUCCCCAGGUUCAAGAUGUCGGAGAACUCGAUCCCCAAGGAGGCGGCGUUCCAGAUCAUCAACGACGAGCUCAUGCUGGACGGAAACCCUAGGCUUAACCUAGCGUCCUUCGUCACCACAUGGAUGGAGCCCGAGUGCGAUAAGCUGAUAAUGGCCUCCAUCAACAAGAACUACGUUGACAUGGACGAAUACCCGGUCACCACCGAGUUGCAGAAUCGGUGCGUGAACAUGAUAGCCCAUCUCUUCAAUGCACCGCUCGGGGAAUCGGAAACUGCGGUCGGAGUAGGCACGGUGGGUUCGUCGGAGGCGAUCAUGUUAGCGGGGCUCGCUUUCAAGAGGAAGUGGCAGAACAAGAGGAAAGCCGAGGGCAAACCCUACGACAAGCCCAACAUCGUCACCGGUGCUAAUGUUCAGGUAUGCUGGGAGAAAUUUGCGAGAUACUUCGAAGUGGAGCUGAAGGAGGUGAAACUGAGGGAGGGGUACUACGUGAUGGACCCUGCCAAGGCGGUCGAGAUGGUCGACGAGAACACCAUCUGCGUCGCUGCGAUCCUUGGCUCCACCCUCAAUGGCGAGUUCGAGGACGUCAAGCUCCUGAACGACCUCUUGACCGAAAAGAACAAGCAAACUGGAUGGGACACUCCGAUUCAUGUGGAUGCAGCGAGUGGAGGGUUCAUCGCGCCAUUCUUGUACCCGGAGCUGGAGUGGGAUUUCAGGUUGCCACUGGUGAAGAGCAUCAACGUGAGCGGGCACAAGUACGGGCUGGUCUACGCAGGAAUCGGGUGGGUCAUCUGGAGAAGCAAAGAGGACUUGCCUGAAGAGCUCAUCUUCCACAUCAACUAUCUUGGGGCUGAUCAACCCACCUUCACCCUCAAUUUCUCCAAGGGUUCAAGUCAAGUCAUUGCUCAGUACUACCAGCUCAUCCGGUUGGGAUAUGAGGGUUAUAAGAACAUCAUGGAGAACUGUAGGGAGAACGCCACGGUGCUGAAGGAAGGUUUGGAGAAGCUGGGGCGAUUCAACAUCGUCUCCAAGGACAAUGGCGUGCCUCUCGUCGCCUUCUCCCUCAAGGACAACAGCCGCCACAACGAGUUCGAGAUCUCUGACAUGCUGAGGCGCUUCGGUUGGAUCGUCCCCGCCUACACGAUGCCCCCUGACGCGCAGCACGUGACGGUGCUGCGGGUCGUGAUAAGGGAGGACUUCUCCCGCACUCUCGCGGAGCGCCUCGUCUUCGACAUCGAGAAGGUCCUGCACGAUCUCGAUGCGCUCCCGGCCAAGAUCGAUGAGAAGCGCAGGGCCGAAGAGAGAGCAAAGAACGGAGCUGCAGAUACCAGGAAGAUCCAGCUGGAGAUCACUACAGCGUGGAGGAAGUUCGUGUCGGAUAAGAAGAAGAUGAACGGCGUCUGCUAGAAUCAAAUGUGUCGUGAUGGUGAUUUUUCUUGCCAUUAGGUAUCCGUUAUCGCCGUUUGAGUGAGUGUGCUCGGCUUAUGCAAGAGAACAUAUUUGUGUGCCUAUGGAGAUAUUCGACCUGUUGUCCCUCCGAGACAAUCUUAGUAUUCAUGCUUUUGCCAAA